ACUGGAUAUUUAUGGUUAAAAACUUUGUAUUUCUUUUGUGGUUGGAUUUUUUUGCUUUUGCAAGUAUUUUGACAAUACACGGCCUCAAAAUUACACCCCAAGAAGCGGAACCGAGUGGCCAGGGCUCAAGCCAGUGUCGCGGGCCACCCUGUCAGGGCCAGUGCAGGGGCGAGUGUCGCCUCCGAGGUCAAAGUUUCUUCUCGCCCUUGAACAUGGCGGCCGCGUGGCCCAACUACCACCUCAGACCAGUCAUACCGUUCGGUAUGUCCAACUUGCAGGCCGUCUCAUAUCCUCCAGCGGUAGCCGCCAGAAAACAGCGACGGGAACGAACGACCUACAAUAAGGAACAGCUGAACACUCUCGAGGAACUCUUCGAGAAAACGAGGUAUCCUGACAUUUUUAUGAGGGAAGAGGUCGCGCUCCGGAUCAACGUUCCUGAAUCUAGAGUCCAAGUGUGGUUCAAAAACAGGCGGGCUAAGGCGCGUACGCAGCAGAUCCAGCACGAGGCGCGCAGCAAAAACAAAACGAAACGAAGGAGUUCGACCAGCGGCGCUGUACCACAGGUGAAUCCGCCGACGACGGCCGCCGAGGCGCCCGUUUCCUCCAAGAAAAUCCUCCCGCCAGACAACAUCUUAACCCCGUCGAACUCGGUUUCGCCUCCCGGGGCAACCGUCAAGCGCGAACCAUCGCACGUGAUGCAAAGCCCGCUGGAGAAGAUGUCCGAGAUGUACGCUCCGAGCUCGGAAAGUCCAUUCGCUCACACCUCUCAGGGCUCGCCGUACGCACAAACCUCACAGGGUUCACCGACCACCCAAAUGUCCCAGGUGUCGCCGCAGUCGGGUAUUUCCCAUGGAUUGUCGCCGGCUCAUAUCCAAAAUUUCGGCCUAGGCAGCAAUUCGAGCGUGGUAACGACUCCCUCGCCGCCCAAUACGCCCGGGGCGGGCGCGUACAAUCCCUCGAUGAACUACCCUUAUCAGCACGACAUCAAUUCGUACAAUAACUGGUACAUGAACGGGGCCGCCAGCUACUACCAGAGCUCGCAAAACCACAAUUCUAGCAGCUACUACAACCAGAUGCACAUGGACUAUAAUCACCACCAGGGUUACUACCAGAAUGGGGGACACGUGGGCAAUAUGUACCACCACGGGGGUUACAAUUUCGCGUCGACCAGUGCUCAAAACUAUCAGAACUCUUUCGACAACGGUCAGAUGAACCAUCAGAUGCAGUAGUGACGAACGAGUGUUUAGUUAGUUGUUCGUGGCUUUAGAUUGUGUGGCAAUAUUUAUGGGGUUAAUUUUCGUUCUUGGAUUUGGUCUCCUUUCGCCUAUAGAA